CUCUUCAUCUCCCUCCGUCGUCGUCUUCCCUCUCAAGCUUACGCAGCACAGAGCUUUUGCUCUCUCUCUGACAAUGGUGUUUCUGCGCCAACAAGGGUCUUCAAAAAAACGGCAGUCCUCCUUCACCUCUCCCUUUCCUCCACCGAAGGUCCCCAAACCCACCGCCGCCGCCUCAGCCGCCUGCGAGCGGCCGUUACCGCUUCAACAGCCACCGGAUGGAGCUCCUGAGGCCUCUGCGGUGGAAAAAGCUGUGGCAAUCUUGGCAGAUGCAGGCUGCACUCUCAUAAACCCCGCGGGCCCACCAUGCCUUCCCUCCGAUCACCAUAAGUUCCGCGCCCAUCUCCAGCAGACGUUCACUGCCACUUCACUCCGCUCAGACUUCCUCGCUGGCUUCUCGGCUCACAUUGAGUCCCCGGAGAACCUACACAGGGCCCUUGCCCCAUCAAAUCCAGACGGCUAUUACAUGCCGAGAAGCGACAGCUUAGUUCGGAACCUGUUAUUGGUCCCUUCGAUUCAAUUAGACAUUCAAAACAUGCUUCUUGAGAAACUUCCCGAGUAUUUUGAAGUAAAUUCUGGAGCCUCUGGGACUUGUCUGUCACUCGGGAAUGACAUUGCUAGGCUUAUAAUCAAUCACUUCCGAUGGCUCGAUUUUAUCAUUGACUCCGAUGGGUUUAAUGAUAAGCUGAUGCAAGUCCUUUCUAUUUGCCCUUUACACCUGAAGAAGGAGAUCAUCGGUUCGUUGCCUGAGAUAAUUGGUGAUCAGAACCACAAGGUUGUGGUGGAUUCUCUUGAACAGAUGCUUCAGGAAGAUUCAGCUAUCAUUGUGCCCGUGCUCGACUCUCUUUCAAAUCUUCAUCUGGAUGAUGAGUUGAAAGAACAGGUUAUCACAAUAGCAUUAUCUUGCAUUAGAACCGUUGAUGGGGAGCACAUACCUUAUCUACUAAGGUUUUUAUUGCUAUCUGCCACACCUGCAAAUUCUCGAAGAAUAAUCUCGCGAAUUCGUGAGCAGUUGAAGUUCAUCGGAGUUUCUAACCAUUGUGCAUCACAAAACAAAAAUAAAUUGAAGGGAAAGUGUCUUGUGGGGAACACAGAUGCUUCUGUCCUGGACACACUGAGAUCAGGUCUACGCUUUAAGAACAUUCUCUGUCAAGAAAUUGUAAAAGAACUUAGCUGCCUCAAUAGGCCACAGGAUCACAAAGUUAUUGAUAUUUGGCUUCUGGUUCUCAUCUACAUGAAUGGUGAGAGUUCCAAAAAGAGUAUAGAGAAUAUCUUCAAGAAGAAAAUUAUUGAUAAUUGCAUUCAGGAAGUUAUGAUUGAUCAGUGCAUCCAUGGGAAUGCAAACCUAAUGCAGGAUUAUUUUCCUACAUUUCUCUCUAUAACGGAGUAUUUAUUGACUUGCAAAGAGCCAAGGGUGAGGCAGUUUGGGAUUCAUAUGUACACCAGUUUGUUUGAAGAAUUUGUUGAUACUUUUGCAAGACAGGAAAUUCUCGGAGCAUUAGUAACCCAUGUAGGAUCUGGUGUUAGAUUUGAAGUGACUGCUGCUUUGGAGACCUUGAAAUUGCUGGUUUCCAAGUAUUCCAUGGACUUGAUCCCACUUUCUUCACAUAUAAAUGGUAUUUUGGAUUAUCUGGAAGCAUUUAGCAUUGAAAAUCUCCAGAAGGUUUAUGAGGUUUUUAGCCAGUUAGCCCUGUCAGCUAAUUCGAGAGCAAAUUCUUUUGGAUCCUCCGUGGCCAAUGAGCUUAUGAUGAUAGUCCGCAAGCAGUUGAACCACAGUGAUGUGGCUUACAAGAGGAUGGGUUUGAUUGGAACUUUGAAAAUCGUAUCCUGCUUGGGUGAUACAAACCACGUUGGUUGUUCAGAACAGAAAUCCAAUAUCAAGGAGGCCCUGGAACUUUUGCAAACUUCCUUGGACUCCAGUAAAGGAAUGGUUCCACUGCUGAUCCUGUUUUAUGAUGAGAUGACUAUCAUGUUGGAUAGGAGAGAUCUUCAUUCAUCAAUAUUAGAAUGGAUUGGUAAACACAUAGGAGAGUUUGAAUCAAUCUUUCUGUUCGAUCUCGAAGGUGGGCAGCUGCCUUCUAAAGAUUCACAUGGCGGUUUAGAAGGGGAAUUAUGGAUGAACUUGGAUGGUGAUAUAUCUCCCAUUUGCGUUAACAUUUUUCCCUUAGUUUUCUCAUCAUUCCAUCCAUCUUUGACAGAAAUUCUACCAGCCAACUUUCGUCUGCUAACCACAAUUGAGAGAUUAACUAAUCAAGGAUCUCUCGGUGGGAUAGAUGCUCUCCUUGGAUGCCCUUUACACCUUCCUUCUCCUAAGUAUUUCUCAAGAGCUGCAUGGGAGUCUCUUACAGGGAAGGAAAAGCAUAUGGCGUGUCUUUCUCUAUAUUAUGCUGCCAAUUGGAUACGGGAACUGCUCAACGCCUUCUGUACUCAAGUUGCUGGAAAAUUUGAGUGCACAAGUCAGACUACAAAGGAAGAUAUAAUUACAAAGCUGCUGAAGCGUCUGAGAAACCUAGUAUUUCUCGAGAGCUUAUUAAAUAAUUUGCUGAAGUCUUGUCCAAUAUCACUGCCUGAGCUCCACCACUGCCAUUUGGAGCAUUCAGGACCUUCUUCUAUAAAGCAUACUUAUGCAUUUGAAUGUCUGGAAAAGAAUGCGACAAAGAAAAUACAUGACACUAGCUCAUCGAAAAUAAGGAAAAAUAAAAGGAUGGCUAAGUCUCAAACGAGCUCUGGUACUGAUGGGAAACUGAGGCAGCCUUCUAUAUUGGACAUGUUUAAAAAGGCAGGAGCUGUGACUAGCCAAGAAUUGCCAAAUGAGGAUUCUGCAAGUCCUUCCUCAAAAACAGGGACCUCAGAAUCAGCAGAUCAGAAUCCUUCUGACUACAACGAGACUGAACUAGAUGUUUCUGCAGCUACCAAAACUUUUGAUUUGCAAAGAUUCAAGUUCCGGCCCUUGCAUCUUCACUGUUACUCCAUUUUGACGUUUUCAAAGAACCAAGAUUCGUGUUGUUCAGACCCUGUGGCAGAGCUUCCCCUAUAUCUUUACCUCCUGAGAGAUCUUCAGUACAAGCUCGAUAUUUUCACCAUCUCGGGCAAAGAGUCUAUCGCAGCCCCUGAUUAUGCUGGCACAACAUUGCACGAAUUUUUCAAGACAAUUAAGCCGCUCUUUCCAACUCUGAAGAAGCAUCUCGACAAUGCCAUUCGUAUUCUCAGAGAAGGUGAUGAAAGCUGUCAAGCACAUUGGGAAAUGCAGUCUGUUGCUGCAGGAAAUCCUUCUUUUCCCAGCGCCAUUCUCUCGAAGACUUCAUCAUCUUCUUCAUUCAUUAAGGAAGCGCUUCAUCUCUUCUUCAAAAUGUUGAACCUCCCCAAUAUUCAAACAGAUGCAAACCUCCUGUCAGAUCUGUUGAGUGCAUUUCAGCCCAACGUAGUACCAGAUAAUGCUUUUUCAGGAGUGGAGCCCUGUCCCUUGCCUAAUAGCAUUGAAUAUCUAUAUCAUGGUGCCUAUUCAUAUCUUGAGAACUUUCUGGACAUGGAAUAUUCUCUCUGUUUUAUGGUGACCUCAGAAGCUCUUCUUACUCUGGAAUCACUCUCAAGCUUGCCCCAGAAACUCACACGCAAACCGGGGGAAAAUGGUAAAAACUUGAAGUUAGGAUUUCCAGAAAGUGUACUUCUGAACUUGCGCAGGAGGCUUGGAGUUUCUGCUGAGAAGCUUCUGAAAAGUCAUUGGGAUGCCAAGAACACUGAGGAUGGUUUGAAGAGCAAAGGAGAAAGAUUACAGAAGAUUCUGCAUAUCUACUUGGAGAAUAGUGACUCCACUUUGAAUUUGCUAAACGAUGUUGCCUGCUCUAUCUUGCCUCAGGCUUCAUACGGAACAGCCGAUGAAGAGGUUCAUCAUGGCUUCGCAACUUUAUGUCCUGCUACUUAUCUUGUGUGGUACCGGGUAUUGCAUGAAGUUAAUCUUGCCAUACUUAAUACUUUGGUCAAAGAUGUUCUGUCCGGUAAACCAAUAGCUACUAUAGGAAGUGAAUCCACUAAAGAACUUCUCUUGAAGCUACAGCUAUCUGUAAAUGUCAUGGUAUCCUUAGUCAAUAUGUGCCGAACCCAUGACAAGGUAACUCUGCAUGCGAUGGCUGUUAAGUAUGGAGGAAAGUUCAUAGAAUCCUUUCUGAAAGUCUUCGACUUCUUACAGGCCCAUUUCCGAGUCCAUAAUGAACUUGUGAUCCAAUUAGUGAAAGAACUUCAGAAAGCCACAAGAACACUACAGACCCUCUGCUCUGAGGCAAAGGGCUUGAAACAAAUGGCUAUCACCAGCAAAGUUCCUGCGACAAAGAGAUCGUUGGAGCGCUUUGUUUUUCGAGUCAAAGCUCUUCUCCUUGCAUCAGCAAGUGGAUGCACCUUCUGGAUGGGCAAUUUGAAGCACAAAGACCUAACAGGUCAGGUGGUUAGUUCCCAGGCUUAUUUAGAUGAGCAAAGUGGAAAUGCUGAUGAAGAAGAUUCAAGGGAAGUUGCUGAGGAUGAUGAAAAUUCUAUCCCAAACAACGACGAUGAUAAAGAAACAGAAUAAAUGAAGAAUUUAGUCCGGAAUGAUGAAAUUUCUAUCCUGAAUGAAGAGGGUGGAGUUUCUAAGCCCCAAGAAGGGCUCCCGAAAAACCGGUCAACACCAAGUAAGAGUUCAGUUGCCUUGCUUUAUGUGCUCUAUAGACGAAAGUUCAAGCAACUGCAAGUAAUAUUAUAGCAUCCACCUGCCAUUCUUUACCUAAGUUGAGUACCUCUUGAACUAAUUAGUACUUGAACUGUUUCGAUAUGCCCCAUGUUCUCGAUAAUGUAUAUAGCUGCCCCUUCUUUCUUAUACCUAAUGGUUUGAAAUGUAAAUACUACUGCAAAGUCAUGUGUAUAUGGACGAAUCUGAAGCUUAUAUAUAGUUAUUUACUGUUCA